AUGGGACAAAAAAUUAACCCACUUGGUUUUCGACUUGGUGUCACUCAGAAUCAUCAUUCUUAUUGGUUUGCGCAACCAAAAAAUUAUUCUAAACUUCUUCAAGAAGAUCAAAAAAUGCGUAAUUGUAUUGAGAAUUAUGUAUAUAAAAAUAUAAGAAAUUCUUCAAAUUAUGGAGGAAUUGCCCGUAUUGAAAUCAAAAGAAAAACAGAUUUAAUUCAAGUUGAAAUACAUACAGGCUUUCCUGCUUUACUAGUAGAAAAUCGUAAACGCGGUAUUGAACAAUUAAAAACAGACGUACAAAGUAUUUUAACUUCUGGAGACCGUAAACUUCGUAUGACUUUAACCGAAGUAACAAAACCAUAUGGAGAACCAAAUAUUCUUGCAGAAUAUAUUGCUUUGCAAUUAGAAAGUCGAGUUGCUUUUAGAAGAACUAUGAAAAAAGCUAUUGAAUUAGCAAAAAAAACAAAUAUUAAAGGUAUUAAAAUCCAAAUUGCAGGUCGUCUUAACGGAGCUGAAAUUGCUCGGGUAGAAUGGGCUAGAGAAGGAAGAGUGCCUUUACAAACUCUUCGAGCUAAAAUUGAUUAUUGUUAUUACCCAGCUCAAACAAUUUAUGGAGUAUUGGGAAUAAAAAUUUGGAUAUUUCAAGAUGAAAAGUAG